AUGUCGCCAACUACCAGUAGCCGAGCGAGCAUCGCAUCGGAAGCCUAUCCAGGCAGAUCGACAGCCCAGGCAGAGAUCGCUAGGAAUGGCGGCGAAAAGCCCUCGGGUGGGCAACAGGCCGUGCCUCAGGGACAGUUGCCGUCGCGAAAGUUAAUUCCAAACGGUGGCUUUGAAGCGUGGCUUAGUGUUGGGGCAGUAUUUUGCGUCUUCGUGAAUACCUGGGGAAUAAUCAGCACAUAUGGCGCAUUUCAGGAAUUUUAUCAGACACAAUUACUCUCUGGCGAGUCGCCAUCUGCAGUGUCCUGGGUUGGCAGUAUCCAGGCCACGCUCAUUGUUAUGGUGGGCCUUGUGUCGGGGCCGUUGGUCGACCUGGGGCACCUUCGCAUCCUGAUCGUCUCGGGGAAUUUUCUCAUUGUGUUUGGAAUGAUGAUGACCAGCCUGGCCUCAGAGUAUUACCAAGUUAUCCUAGCCCAAGGCUUUUGCGUUGGAAUUGGUGGCGGUAUCGCCUACAUCCCAGCACUGGUGGUGAUAUCCAUGUAUUUUACCACCAAGCGCGCGAUCGCCAUUGGCUGUGCGUCAAUAGGAUCUAGUGUUGGAAGCGUCGUUUUUCCGAUCAUGUUCCGCCAACUCCAGCCAAGGAUCGGAUUCCCUUGGACGGUCCGUUGUAUCGCAUUCAUCAACCUGUUCCUCGCCAUCAUUACGUGCGCGGUGCUAUGUCGCCGAUCGGGUGAAAAGGUCGGCGCUCGAAGCCUAGUCGAUUGGAAAGCAUUUAAGGACGUUCCAUAUAUGAUGUUCUCAUUUUCUCUACUGCUUGUCAUGCUUGGUUAUUGGAUCCCCUUAUUCUACGUCGCCUCUUAUGCGCGCACAGUAUUGGAGACAUCCACAAGUCUUUCCUUCUAUAUGUUAGCUAUCAUCAACGGCGCAUCAGCAUUUGGUCGAACAGUGCCAUACCUUUUGGGCUCCCGGGUGAAGCCCAUUUGCACACUUUUAGCCUGCGUGGCGGGAGCAGCAAUUGCCAUGUUCACAUGGAUCCCCGCAACGAACACUCCAGGCUUUAUCGUAUGGUGCUGUUACUGGGGAUUUUUGACUGGCGUAAUAGUGACCGGACCAACGUCCAUAAUCUCGCACCCUGCCCUGUGCCCGGAUAUUAAAAUGCUCGGAACAAGAAUGGGGAUGAUGUGGGGAAUCAGCUCCAUCGGCUCCUUGGUUGGGACACCCAUCGCGGGUUCGUUGGUCAAUUUAUCAGAGGCAGAUUUCUUGCGUGCUCAGAUAUUUGCGGGCUGCUUGAUGUUGGGUGCUGUCGGGUUGCAGCUGUGGCCGGUACUUGUUGUCAUUCGGUAUGACCGGCAACACGCGCCGUCUCGUUAG